ACGAUGAAGACAUCUUUGAUUCAAGCUGUCAAAGACAACCAGUGUGUGACUAACUUCAGUGAUUUAUAUGUGGAUCUUGUACUCAAUGGAUUCAUUAAACAGAUUAUGCCAUAUGGUGUAUUUGUAGGUUUUCCUAAUAAUAUUACUGGACUAGCUCCCAAGCUGUACAUGGGAGAUAUAUUCGUGGAUGAUGCUGGAGUUCCUUAUAAGAAUGGACAGUCAGUCAAAGCAAAAGUUUUAGAAAUAAAUACUGAAAAGAAGAGAUUUAUUGUGAGUUUACGACCAUCACAUUGCUACAAACAUACUGAUGGUGGUGUCACAUUACUUGAAGAAUAUCUACAGGAGAGAAAGAAAGCAUGCAAAUUGCUCAAAGAAAUUGCAGACAAAAAGAAUAUAUGCCAGUUAUCAAUAGGAGAUGUGGUAAAAGCAACAGUCAAUGAUGUACAAGGAAAAGGAGUGUUACUGAGUCUUGAGAAUGGAUUGACUGCAGUGGCAUCUACACAAAGCACACAUGGAGUAAGCUGUGAGGAAGGAAUGAAGGUAGAAGUGUGUGUUCUAUAUUUAGACUAUGCUAAUAAUGUUGCUGCAGUCACAAUGAAACCCUGUAUUGUUCAAUUUGCUAUGAAAAAGACAAAACAGAAAAAGGUUGCAGAGAUACAGAAUGGAGAGGCUGUUGUAGAACUUGUCAAAAGUGAUAUUGUGGUUGUGUCUCUUAGUGAUGGUAGACUUGCAUUACUUCCUGGCAAAAAGGUAAGUACACUGUACAUGUAGGUACUGUAAAAUACUUAAUUUUCGCUGAAAGAAUGAUUCAGUGAAAAUAAAAU